UGUGCGGGCGGCGGGCGCCGCGCAGAAGUUUGCCGAGCGCUCUCUGGCCGGCUGGUCCCGGACUCGCGCUGCGCUCCGAGCCGCCGCCGCCUCCUUGUCCGCCGGAGCCGCCCGAUUCUCCCGGGAUCCCCGCCUCCGUGGAGGACAGACGAUCAGCUUUGAGGGGGAUAGAGGGGGCCGAGGUGGGCGCGGAGAGGCCCGGUGACAGUGACAGCUUCGUUCCGAGCCGCCGGGCGCGUGGGGGACUCCGGCUCGUGCGUGGAAUCGCGCGUCUAUCUCCCCGGGGCCGCCGGGCGGGCGAUGCGGCCGCCGAGCUUGGCGGCGCGCAGAGAAAGGAGGGCUCCCGGGAGAGCCUAGAGCUUUCUUUCUUUUCUUUUCUUUCUUUUUUUUUUUUAUUUCUUCCCUCUUGGAGGGGGUGGGGAAGAUAGCAUGGAGCUGUGAGCGCCCGUCGCUCGGCGAAGCCGCUCCGGGCAGGCUCCCCAUGGCCGGGACGUACAGCUCCACGCUCAAGACGCUGGAGGACUUGACCUUGGACUCCGGCUAUGGGGCCGGGGACUCGUGUCGCUCGCUCAGCCUCUCGUCGUCCAAGUCCAACUCGCAGGCGCUCAACUCUUCGGCGCAGCAGCACCGCGGGGCGGCCUGGUGGUGCUACUCCGGCUCCAUGAACAGCCGCCACAACAGCUGGGACACGGUGAACACGGUGCUGCCCGAGGACCCCGAAGUGGCCGACCUCUUCUCGCGCUGCCCGCGCCUCCCCGAGCUGGAGGAGUUCCCCUGGACCGAGGGAGACGUGGCCCGGGUGCUCCGCAAAGGCGCCGGCGGCCGGCGACCGCCCGCCUUCUCGGUGGAGGCGGUGAGGCGCCUGGCCGGGCUGCUCCGCCGGGCGCUCAUCCGCGUGGCCCGCGAGGCGCAGCGCCUGAGCGUGCUGCAUGCCAAGUGCACCCGCUUCGAGGUGCAGAGCGCCGUGCGCCUGGUGCACAGCUGGGCGCUGGCCGAGAGCUGCGCGCUGGCCGCCGUCAAGGCGCUGUCGCUGUACAGCAUGAGCGCCGGCGACGGCCUGCGCCGGGGCAAGUCGGCGCGCUGCGGCCUCACCUUCUCCGUGGGCCGCUUCUUCCGCUGGAUGGUGGACACCCGCAUCUCGGUGCGCAUCCACGAGUACGCGGCCAUCUCGCUCACCGCCUGCAUGGAGAACCUGGUGGAGGAGAUCCGGGCCCGGGUGCUGGCCAGCCAGAGCCCCGACGGCGGAGGGGCCGCCGUUGGAGAGGUGUCUGCAGAGGCCCUGGAGAUGGUCAUCAACAAUGAUGCCGAGCUCUGGGGCGUGCUGCAGCCCUAUGAGCAUCUGAUCUGCGGCAAGAACGCCAACGGCGUUCUCUCCCUCCCCGCCUACUUCAGCCCCUACAACGGAGGGUCCCUGGGCCACGACGAGAGGGCCGAUGCGUAUGCCCAGCUGGAGCUGCGGACCCUGGAGCAGUCUCUCCUGGCCACCUGCGUGGGCAGCAUCUCGGAGCUGAGUGACCUGGUCUCCCGCGCCAUGCACCACCUGCAGGGCCGCCGGCCCCUGUGCCCAGGCUCCAGCCCUGCGCGCCAGGCCCGCCAGCCUCCGCAGCCCAUCACCUGGUCCCCCGACGCCCUGCACACGCUCUACUACUUCCUGCGCUGCCCGCAGAUGGAGUCCAUGGAGAACCCCAACCUGGACCCUCCAAGAAUGGCCCUGAACAAUGAACGGCCCUUCAUGCUGCUGCCGCCGCUGAUGGAGUGGAUGCGGGUGGCCAUCACCUACGCCGAGCACCGCCGCAGCCUCACCGUGGACAGCGGCGACAUCCGGCAAGCCGCCCGCCUGCUGCUGCCCGGCCUGGACUGCGAGCCCCGGCAGCUCAAACCAGAAUGCUGCUUCAGCUCCUUCCGGAGACUGGAUGCCCGCGCGGCAACCGAGAAGUUCAACCAGGACCUGGGCUUCCGUAUGCUCAACUGUGGGAGAACGGACCUCAUCAGCCAGGCCAUCGAGGCCCUGGGCCCCGACGGUGUGAACACUAUGGAUGACCAGGGUAUGACACCGCUGAUGUAUGCCUGUGCAGCGGGGGACGAGGCCAUGGUCCAGAUGUUGAUUGAUGCUGGUGCGAACUUGGACAUCCAGGUUCCAAGCAACUCUCCCAGGCACCCCUCCAUCCACCCCGACAGCCGACACUGGACGUCGCUGACGUUUGCUGUGCUGCAUGGACACAUCUCUGUGGUGCAGCUGCUCCUGGACGCAGGGGCCAACGUAGAGGGCUCAGCAGUGAACGGUGGUGAAGACAGCUUCGCCGAGACCCCCUUGCAGCUCGCUUCUGCGGCCGGAAACUAUGAGCUGGUCAGCUUGUUGCUGAGCCGCGGCGCUGACCCCCUCCUCAGUAUGCUGGAAGCCAACGGGAUGGCGUCCUCCCUCCACGAGGACAUGAACUGCUUCAGCCACUCGGCUGCCCACGGCCACAGGAACGUCCUGAGGAAGCUCCUGGCGCAGCCUCAGCAGGCCAAGGCGGACGUGCUGUCCCUGGAGGAGAUCCUGGCCGAGGGUGUGGAGGAGAGUGACUCCUCCAGCCAGGGCGGCGGCAGCGACGGGCCCGGGGGGCUGAGUCGGACCCGCACCAAGGCGCUCCAGGAGGCCAUGUACUACAGCGCCGAACAUGGCUACGUGGACAUCACCAUGGAGCUACGGGCGCUGGGGGUCCCCUGGAAGCUGCACGUGUGGAUCGAGUCCCUGCGCACGUCCCUCUCACAGUCAAGGAACUCUGUGAUGCAGAGUCUCCUGCGGGACUUCAGUUCCAUCCGGGAGGAGGAGUACAACGAGGAGCUGGUCACCGAGGGCCUGCAGCUGCUCUUCGACAUCCUCAAGACCAGCAAGAAUGACUCCAUCACGCAGCAGCUGGCCGCCGUCUUCACGCAGUGCUACGGCAGUGGCCCCAUCCCCAGCAUCCCCGAGCUCCGCAAGACGCUGCCGGCCAGACUAGAUCCUCACUUCCUGAACAACAAGGAGAUGUCGGACGUGACCUUCCUGGUGGAGGGGAGGUUAUUCUACGCUCACAAAGUCCUGCUGGUGACGGCUUCCAACAGGUUCAAGACGCUGAUGACCAACAAACCGGAGCCGGAUGGUGAGAGCAGCAACACCAUUGAGAUCAGCGACAUGAAGUACCACAUUUUCGAGAUGAUGAUGCGGUACCUGUACUAUGGGGGCACAGAGUCCAUGGAAAUCCCCACAGCGGACAUCCUGGAGCUGCUGUCGGCGGCCAGCCUGUUCCAGCUGGACGCGCUGCAGAGGCACUGUGAGAUCCUCUGCUCGCAGACGCUCAGCGUGGAGAGCGCCGUGAACACCUACAAGUAUGCCAAGAUACACAACGCCCCGGAGCUGGCCCUGUUCUGCGAGGGUUUCUUCCUGAAGCACAUGAAGGCGCUGCUCGAGCAGGACUGCUUCCGACAGCUCAUCUACGGCCGCAGCAGCAAGGUGCAGGGCCUGGACCCCCUGCACGAGCUGCAGAGCACCCUGGCCGCGCGCCUGCACUCGGUCUACGUCACCUCCCGCGUGUGAGCGCCCGUGCACGCACCCCCAGCCCCAGGCCGGCUCGUGGGGUGCUGUCCCCCUGCAUCCCGUCUUCACG